ACGCCCAAUAAGCCUUGGCCUGGUGGGCAUUAAUAAGAAUCAUACGGUUGCCUUCACAUGCACAAUGGCUGAAAGACCUGAAGACUUGAGUUUGCCUGCCUCAGUUGUGACAAGAAUAGUCAAAGAGGCGCUCCCGGAAGGUGUCAAUAUCUCUAAAGAAGCUCGAACAGCAAUUGGAAAGGCAGCUAGUGUAUUCAUCUUGUAUUCGACAGCAUGUGCAAACAAUUUUGCGUUGAAGUCUAAAAGGAAGACACUGAAUGCAGCUGACGUGUUCUCUGCUUUGGAGGAUAUGGAAUUUGAGCACUUUGCCCCAGAGUUGAAAAACUUUUUAGAUGUGUAUAAAGUGGAGCAGAAAGGAAGAAAAGAAGCAGCUGCCGAUCGCAAGAAGAAGCAACAGGCUGCUGCCACAGCCGUGGUAAUACCGGCAGACACCCAACCAGGCAGUCAGAAUGAACUCCCAACUCUUGAUUCAGAACCUAUGGACAUUGUCAGCAAUGGUGGCAUCUAGCUAGCUUAAUUACACACUUUAUCAUUCAUUGCAUAACUGUUUGUGUCCUCCAUACAUGAAUAUGUUUUUUGUGUUAAACAUCUGCAGCCUUCUAUAGACAAGGCUGUUUACUGGUAUCUUAUGUUCAUCAUGAA